AUGGUCCACGCCGAUGCGUCCAACUUUGCCGAGGGCAUCACCAAGGAUGAUGCCUAUGAGCAGGUGCUGCUCCAAGCCGAAGGGCUCUUUUACGGUCAGCGCAACUGGGCUAACAAUGCGGCUCCUCCGGUGGUGAACAGGUUUGGAUUCUAUGUGCUGGAUCCCUCAGCCAGUGAGCAACUCAUCUUGGGCCCGUUCCAGGGCAAAGUUGCCUGCCAAACCAUCAAGUUCGGAAAGGGCGUCUGCGGCACCGCUGCGGCAACCAAGACUACGCAACUAGUCGAGGACGUGGAGAAGUUUCCCGGCCACAUUGCGUGUGAUAGCGAGAGCCAGAGCGAGAUUGUGGUGCCCAUUGUGUCGGGUGACAAGGUCGUUGCCAUCAUCGACGUCGACUGCGCCGUCCUGAACGGAUUCGAUGAGACGGACAAGAAGAACCUUGAACAACUCGCCGACCUUUUGUCAAAGAGCUGUGACUGGUAG